AUAGGAUAACAAUUACCACAAACAAACGAAAAAUAAUACAAUAUACCACAAUAUCCGAUGUGACUUUUUUUACCUCUAUUUUACCUAUCUAAACACACCCUCUGUUUUCACCAACCACACAUGUGCAAGGCCCGCAUGGGGACGGCACACACGCGGAACACGAGGUCGUAUCUACUCCUGCAAAUUGCAGACCAUCGAGUUAAUGGUUGGUCCACAAGGGUCCCCAAGGGUACACGUAGGUACAUGUGCAGGUCGAUGAUGGGGGUGGCCAUAAAAAUGAACUCUCGCCAUGCCGCACACGACACGCACAAAAUACAAAAAUAUCGUCGAUCACCUCACGUACUAGUUUGAAUGAAUUUCAUUUCAUAAUAAUCACUAGUAGCUUUUGCAUUUGCAGCCCGAGCAAGGAGGCAAAAGCUAGCCAAAUGGAAAUGCAGCCACUCUCCCUGCUGGCCUCAUGGCCUCUCCUCCUCGUCCUGCUCCUCCUCCCCCUCGUCUGCUUGCUGUACCUGCGCCAGCAGGAUCACGGCAGCAAGCAGCAGCAGCAGCAGCCAUCGGACGACGACCUCAAGUCCUACCCGAUCGUCGGCAGGUUCCCUCACCUGGUCAAGAACGGCCACCGCCUCAUCGAAUGGUCGGUCGAGGUCGCGAAGCGGAGCCCGACGCAGACCACGGCCUUCAAGGCCCUCGGCCUGCCCGGCGUCGUCAUCACCGCCCACCCGGACAACGUCGAGCACAUCGCCAAGACGAGCUUCGCCAUCUACCCCAAGGGCGACUACAUGUCGUCGACGCUCGAGGACUUCCUCGGCCGCGGCAUCUUCAACUCCGACGGCGAGCAGUGGCUGUGGCAGCGCAAGGCCACCAGCUUCGAGUUCAGCAACCGCUCGCUGCGCAAGUUCAUCGUCGACACCGUCCAGGCCGAGGUCGCCGGCCGGUUCCUGCCGCUGCUCGAGCAGGCCGAGCGCCACGGCCGCGCGCUGGACAUGCAGCACGUCUUCGAGUGCUUCGCCUUCGACAACAUCUGCCACGUGGCCUUCGGCGACGACCCGGGCUGCCUCGCCGUGGAGGCCGGCGGCGCGGCGGCGGCGCCACCCCAGGGCCCGGAGUUCGCGCGCGCCUUCGACUACGUGGAGGGCGCCAUCCUGGGCCGGUUUAACCCGCUGGCGACGUUCCUGUGGCGCCUCAAGAGGGCGCUCAACAUGGAGCCCGAGAGGCAGAUCCGCGAGGCGCUCGGCGUCGUCCACGCCUACGCCGACAGGAUCGUCCGGAGGUGCCGGGAGAGGAGGGAGGCCGCCGGCGGGGCCGGGCCGCCGGAGAGCAGGGGCGACUUCCUGGCGCACAUCGCCGCCCGCGAGGACCUCAGCGACGAGAGCCUCCGGGACGUCGUCACCAACCUCCUCCUCGCCGGGCGCGACACCACGUCCGCCGCGCUGACGUGGUUCUUCUGGCUGGUCUCCGCCCGGCCCGACGUCGAGCGCAGGAUCGUGGACGAGAUCCGCAGGGUGCGCGGCGGCGGGCCGUCAAGGUCGCCGGCGGCGGCGGCGGCGGAGGCGUUCAUCACCUUCGAGGAGCUCCGGGAGAUGCACUACAUCCACGCCGCCAUCACCGAGUCGAUGCGGCUGUACCCGCCGGUGCCGAUGGGCAUGCACCACUGCAAGCGGGACGACGUGCUGCCGGACGGCACGUUCGUGGGGAAAGGGUGGACGGUGAACCACUCGGUGUACGCCAUGUCGCGGCUGGAGGGCCUGUGGGGCAAGGACUGCGAGGAGUUCAGGCCGGAGCGGUGGCUCCGGGAGGACGGCACGUUCCAGCCGGAGAGCCCGUUCAGGUUCCCGGUGUUCCACGCGGGGCCGAGGAUGUGCCUCGGCAAGGAGCUGGCCUACAUCCAGAUGAAGUCCAUCGUCUCCUGCGCCUUCGAGAGGUUCAGCUUCCAGUACCGGGGCGGCCAGGAGCACCCUGGGCUGGACUGGACGAUCACGCUCAGGAUGAAAGGCGGCUUGCCGAUGCAAGUGACCAAGCAGCGGCUGGGGCUAGAGGCAGAGGCACCUCUAGGAUAGAUACUACUCCUGUAAUCCUGUGCUGCUACUUUUUUGCCAUUUCAUAUCUUAUCGCGUCUAAUAAUCUCUGCAUGUAAUGUUCACAGCUAGCCUGCCUCAGAUGUAGGCACGCACAUCCAUCUCGAGGCCAGUCCUUCGGUUGUUUUUGCUUUGUUAUUCUGAGACAGAGAGAAAUAAGUGUAAAAUACUCCUACGUGGGUGGUACUCCUUAUUGUCUCCGUAUGUCAUCUAGCAUCCUAAACUGGAUCUGGAAAAGCAUUUCCGGAAAUCAGAUCCUAGAACUUUUUCUCAA